GUAUACGACGAUAUUGCUGCAACGUACGAUGCCGAGAUUGGGUUCGAUGAAACUUUGAUGGGACUCAAUUGGCUGCGUUGGUUCUUGCUGAGACAAGCUCAGGGAGAUGUAUUAGAGGCCUCAUGUGGGACAGGUCGCAAUACAGCUUACUACAAGCCUGCUCAACUACACUCCAUCACGUUUGUGGACCAAUCGCCACAAAUGAUGGAGCUGUGCGAAGCUAAAUGGCGAAAGUGUGCUUCUGCCCGUGCAAAGGUGCCAGCAACCUUCAAAGCGCAGCAGAUGGAAGGCUUGAGUUCGAAUAGAGAGCAGUAUGAUACGAUUGUGCAGACCUUUGGACUCUGCAGCGUUGCCGACCCAUCAGGAUACCUCUCGCACCUUGCAUCCUUCUUGCGACCAACAGGAACAAUCAUGCUGCUUGAACAUGGCCGAUCCAAGUAUGCCUUUAUCAAUCGCAUCCUGGACAGAAGUGUUGACCAACACGCUCAAAAGUGGGGCUGCUAUUACAACAGAGAUAUUGAUCAAAUCAUCAACAAUUGUCCUGAGCUCGUGGUGGUCAAGCAACGGCGCUUUCAUUUCGGUACAACAUAUAUGACUCAG